AUGUUCUCGUCUCGUUCUCGACGUGCGCAAUCAACUCCCAUCGUCCCCCGUCAUUCUUUCGCCGUGUUGCAGACGAAGAAGCGAGACGCAAAAUUCGUCCUUCAGACCGCCGAAUUCUAUGGAGCCGACUUCUCGGCCCCCGUUGAAAACGCAGCAGUAGUCGAGAUUCAUCAGCAUAGCAAACCUCUGGACGAUGCCCAGCUUUUCGAGCAGGAACAAACUCGCGCCGUGCAGGGAGAUGUGUUCAUCAACGCCCUGAGCAACGUUGCGCACAGCAGGAUACAUCCGGAAGAUACCCAAACCCAGUUUCCCACGGCCUUAGCAGAGCCAUCGAUCCCGAUACCCCCACCAUUCCCACUCUCCCAAAUCACGGAGGCAGAUAAGCAAUUCACAAAAUCCGUUAUCCGCGAGACGAUACCUUCGAUCGAUUACUCCGAUGUCUUUCCCGAUGAUAUUGCAACGAGGCCUGGCAUCACCGUAUUUCGCAUCGAAUCGCUCAAACCUGUCAUUAUCGGCAAAUCGAAGGUUGGCAAAUUCUGCGUCGGAGACUGCUACAUCAUUUUGCAGAACACGCCAAGGACCGGAGGUGUGAAUGCGAGCCUAGAAGGCGAGGGCAUGGACCACAAAUUGUGGGUUUGGAUUGGCAUGGAAGCAGAGGUGGAUAAGCGCUUUUGUGUAGCACUUUACGGAGCUGGCCUGCGGAAUUGGGUUCACGCGAGCGGGUCGGUGGAUCGGGAGACGUCGGGAGAUGAGUCGCCAGAGUUCAUGGCGCUCUUUGGAGGGCGGUUUUCCGUCGACGAUGACGUGGCGGAUGCUGCGGAGAGCGGGCUGUUUGUGGCGGAGAAGAAGAGAUACCCACUUCGCCUGUACAUGCUUUGCGGGAAUAAGGAGAUUAAACUUCGCCUGAUGGACCCAGCAUUCUGGUCGCUCAAAACAACCGCAGUCUUUUUACUCGACUGGGGUCUCGAGAUCUAUCAAUGGAACGGCGGCGCAGCCAGUCUCAACCAAAAAGCGAAAUGCCGCAUGCUCACCGAACGCAUCAACCGCUCCGAACGCCAGGGCAGGGCAGAAGUCUACGAGAUCAACGAAUGGGACGAGCCAGCGCGAUUUUGGGAGUUGCUGGGAGGGCAGCGAACUGUCCAGGACGCUAUCGAAGACCAUGAGAAUGACCCGAGUUCUGAUGAGGCGUUGUUCAUGAGUAUCGCUAUGGCUCCCGCGACAUUAUACCGCGCCUUUGUCGAAUUGGCAGAUGAUGUGCAGGGGCAUGUUGUGUCGGUGGGGGCGUUGUCGAGGGCGAUGUUGAGCUCCGAUGGGGCGUAUGUUUUGGACGUGGGAGUGGAGUUGUUUGUGUGGAUUGGAAAGGCGGCUUCCAUGGACUUGCGACCAAUGGCGACCGAGCUACUUGCGAGAAUCGUCCCACUGAAAAAGAGACCAUCAUGGAUCGGCUUACAUAAACUAAUGGAAGAUCAUGAGGCGGAGGUUUUCAAGCUGCGAUUCUCAGACUGG